UGUAGGCCAAAUUUCUGAAGAUCCGAAAGGCUUGUGGCCAUUGUUGCAUGAUCAAAGUGUAACAGUGUUACACAACCUACACGACGUGUUUGGAAAAUUGCCAGCAAGAUUUUUGCCCUUUUUGUGUCUUGUAGGCUACUUGAGUCAACAUUUGUUCAUGCCAAGUCAAAUCAGUCUUCAAUGGUGGGAAGUAACCAAACGUCAGUGAAAAUCUUCAUCCUGAGCGGCAGCAGUCAGUGUCCCCUCACAUCAAAGAGAAAGAGCAGGAGAAAAUCAUCAAGGUUCCAUCGACUGGUGUCCCUUUGAAGAGUGAAGAUGAAGGUCGAAGUGAGGAGAGACGAGAGGCGGAGCCACCAAACAGCAACAACUCAAGUGAUGGAGACCACUGUGGAGGAUCACAAACAGACGGUGAUGAUGAUGAUGAUGAUGUUGAUGAACAGUUGGAAGGUGAUAUGACAUAUCACACUUCCAGCAAAUGCUGGAAAUGUUCUAAAUGUAGGAAAACCUUUGCUUCUAAGAGGAAUUUCAAACAACACAUGAAAAUACACACUGGAGAGAAGCCUUUUGCAUGCUCAGUUUGUGGUCAAAGGUUCACUCGGAAGGGACACAUAAAAAUACACACAAGAACACACACUGGUGAGAAACCUUUUGCCUGCACAGUUUGUGGUCAAAGAUUCUCUCACAAGGAAAGCUUAAAAAUACACACAAGAACACACACUGGUGAGAAACCUUUUGCCUGCACAGUUUGUGGUCAAAAAUUCUCUCACAAGGAAAGCUUAAAAAUACACACAAGAAUACACACUGGUGAGAAACCUUUUGCAUGCUCAGUUUGUGGGCAAAGGUUCUCUCGAAAGGGACAUUUGACACAUCACGCAAGAACACACACUGGAGAAAAACCUUUUUCCUGCUCAGGUUGUGGUCAAAUAUUCUCUCACAAGGAAAGCUUAAAAAUACACACAAGAACGCACACUGGUGAGAAACCUUUUGCAUGCUCAGUUUGUGGUCAAAGGUUCUCUGUGAAGAGUUCCUUAAAAAUACACACACGAACCCACACUGGUGAGAAACCUUUUGCCUGCACAGUUUGUGGUCAAAGGUUCUCUGUGAAGAGUUACUUAAAAAUACACACACGAAUCCACACUGGUGAGAAACCUUUUGUAUGCUCGGUUUGUGGUCAAAGAUUCUCCAUACAGAAAAGCUUAAAAAUACACACAAGAACACACACUGGUGAGAAACCUUUUGCAUGCUCAGUUUGUGGGCAAAGGUUCUCUCGAAAGGGACAUUUGACACUUCACGCAAGAACACACACUGGUGAGAAACCUUUUGCAUGCACAGUUUGUGGGCAAAGGUUCUCUCGAAAGGGACAUUUGACACUUCACGCAAGAACACACACUGGUGAGAAACCUUUUGCAUGCUCAAUUUGUGGAAGACGAUUCUCUGAAAAGGGACAUUUGACACGUCAUGCAAGAACACACACUGGUGAGAAACCUUUUGCAUGCUCAGGUUGUGGUCAAAGAUUCUCUCGUAAGGCUCGGGUUAAGACACACAAGUGUCCUGGUGAGACAAGCAGUGAUCAAGAAGAAUAACUGAAAUAUCACACAGCCAUAAGUAUUCAGACCCCAGCAAAGGGUCGGAAUACUUAUGGCUGUGUGAUAUUUCACUUUUUCUUUUUUCAUAAAUCAGCAAAAAUUUCAACCAUUAUUUUUUUUUUCUGUCAAUAUGGGGUGCUGUGUGUACAUUAAUGAGGGAAAAAAUGAAGUAAUUUUAGCAAAUGGAAGAUAUACAACGUAAUACCAGCUUGAACAAGGCGGUGUUUGGAAACUCUAGCAAUUUCCUGAAAAGUUGUCAUUUUGAAGGUGAGGGGAUUCCACCUGAAAGCUGCGAUAUACAAAUAUGACCAAUGACUGCCACUUCAUAGUAUGGUACAUUCCUUUUCCCACACCAGCUAUGCCAGUGCUUUUCAGUUUUCAAUUUUGUUGAUGAAAAAGGGGUGUUCGAAAGGGAAUUAGUUAUUUACCAAUUGCUCCAAAAUGUAUUGAUAUUUUUGGAAAUGAGUGCCAGUUUCAUUUUCUUGAGCAUGCAUUCAUUUUGUUCAAUGUUUUAGUGAUGUCAAUAUCAAAUAAGUGAAUGAUUGAUUGAAAUAGACUAAAAAAAACUGACUUUUGGUGCUAAACUGUAACGUGUAUAUGUGAUCCUGAAUAAAGUACACUGCUUAAAACAGUGA